AUGGUGUCCAGCAUCGACAGCGACCCUUUCGACACCCUGUCUCUGGCAGAGACAGAUGCCUCCUCGGACUUUGAACUGAUCGACGUCGAACAUGACGAUGUCCGGUCGGUCGCACUCUCCUCCAUCGGAUCAGAUGCUGCAAGCACCACCUCAGAAGCCGAAACGCAACCACCUAGCCCGCAACUGCAUGCUUCUCGAUUCCACUUCCCCGAUCCCGUCUCCAGUUUCGAGGGUCCGGAGCUCGACCUCGAGUCCAGCUCGCUCUACACCCUUCUGAGUCCUUCGCAGCAGUCCGAUCAACCUGUCGCUUCCGAGCUCAAUCAACAAGUCGACGAGCAUGAUGAGUCGGCAGAAGAGGAUUUGCAGCAAGUUGCAGGCGCAGCGAUCAACUACGACGACCUCGAGAAGAUGGAGGUCCUCCUUCCUAUUGCCGAGAAGCAUGCGGGUCCAUUGCAGCCCCGUCGCAGGAUCGCAACUAUCGCUCCCAAGGCGGCUUGGAUAGUUGCUGUACUCGCCGCUGUCCUUCUUGGCUUCAAGUCAAGCUCUCUUCUCGGUCUUUCGCAGCGAGCGCCUUCCCAGCUGAUCGGUCACGCAUUCGACUUCAAACCAAAGUUUGCUUCUCCUUCGCACAUGUCGCACAUUGCCUCCACCGACAAUCUAGUCAACAGGGCAUCUGUUUCCGUCCCAGUAUCUCUCGCUCUGGCUCCGAGUCCAUCUCCUUCGAGUCUGACCAUCGCUAACCCCGAACUCGUGAAGGAGCUCGUUCGCGGGACAGCCGACGCUCGUACAAAGGACCGAGCAGGUUAUCGGCAACGACGCCGCCCUGUUGCGCUUCAAGAGACUUUCACCAAGUCAAAGAGUCUCAGCGUCGUCCACGACGUUCCAGCUCAACCGAGCAAGGCCAACAGCUUCGUACGUCCCUCGCUUCGCCCCAAGAUCAGCGGCAAGCGCAGAAGGUACUCUGCUCUCGCAGGUCAAUUGCCCUUCAAGAUGCCGUCCGAUCUACCGGUGUUCCCGCCAAAGUCCAGAUCAUCUUACCUCGACAACGCUACCACGACAUCAUGGGACUUCUGGCUAGCCGAGCUCGACAACUACUACCGACUCGCUGUGCGGCCCGUCAUCUUGGCGGCCAAGGAGCAAGCUUACGAAGCAGCACGUUUUGCCCACCAAUACCAUCACGAGCAGCUCGUGUCCACCUUUGCUACAUUGCGCAAACAGGCUAUCAGCACCGCUCAGCGGUCCAUCAAGUUCGCAUCCCAGUACAAGGAAGAACGAAUCCGUCCUGCUUACGCGUACUUCCGCGAACACACAGCACAGACUGCCCAGCGCACAGCACGCUACCACGAAGACGUGCUCAUUCCCGCCCUUGCGCAGCUCCAUUCGCAGGCUGCGGAAGCCGCAAGAACCACCUCGGAUGAGCUGAACAGAGCGGCCAAACGCACAGCAGAGUACCACGACAAGGUGGUCGUCCCCGCCCUUGCUCAGUUUCGAGUCCAGGCGGUCGAGGCGGCCCAGACCACCUCCGAGGGCCUCAACAAGGCGGCGCAGAAGUUCUCGAUCGAGGCGGCGGGGACGGUGAAGCAAGUCAAGGAAGCCACCAACAUCGACCUCGAAGCGCUCGGCGUCGAUGCUUACGUCGGAUUCAUGAUCACCACGUUGCAGUCGGUGAAGCACAACUUGCGCAACGCCGAGAAAGCCAUGUUGGCCUGA